UAGCGGCAUCGUUAUUAUCAUAAAAAGUAUAAAAUGGUUUAUUUGAAAUACUUUACACAUUCGCAGUGUUGGUUUUUAGAGUGACAGUUUGAUUCAAGUGAUUAAGUCAGUCACGAUGAGUUUCAGCAAUUUUGUUGUUUUUAUUACGGUGUGCAUUAGCUAUUUGAUGGCAGCCAACGUCACGGACAUAAAGCUAAAGUACCUGCAAUACGUGUUGGAGUGUGCCACUGAGCACUCUGUGUCUACUGAGGAUAUAAGAGAUUUGGCCAAACAUCGAGUGGUGAAGGGUGACAACAUCAAGUGUAUGCUAGCUUGCGCCUAUAAAAAGACCGGAAUGACUGAUGAAGAAGGCAAACUAUCUGCUGAAAGAAUGAAAGAGAUUGCGGAGACGGCGUACCAUGACGAUGCAGAAAAAAAGAAGAAGAGUGAGGACUUCACCAGAACUUGUUUAUAUGUAAACGAAGAAGGAAUCAGUGGGGAAAGGAAGGAAUGUGAAAGGGCAGCGAAAAUCUUCAAAUGCGCUAUCGACAAUUUUGAUUCCGCUGUAUGAUUCAGCGGUGGGAAAAAACGAAAACAAAGUUAAUGAAAUUACUUAGAAAAAUAAAACGUAGCUUUUGAGUA